AUGUCGGUGGCGCCAUCGAUGGGGACAAAAGCCGCGAAGCAAGGUUUUGGUGUGGUUCCUGGAGUGAAUCGACCAGGAGCGCGAGAAGUUUGGAGUUCUGAAUGGUACACGAGAGAACGAAUCGGCUCCUGUGAGGGCGCCGAGCCUGGUUUUGACUGUCGGUUAUCACCUGCCCUGCGAAGCGGUUUCCGCGAGUGGGAAACACACCAGCGACUUGGAGAUAUAGUAACCACAUCUUUGGAUGAGGGAUUCAAUCAACUGAAAUCUCAUUGUGAUUAUUUUGAUUUUCUCUUCGACAUCGGUGAGCUGAAGAAUGCACCUCUUGACAGCCUGGACACAAAGUAUAGAAACCUCGCAGCGAUUUCGCAAGAUCAUGAGUCAAGCGACAUUGCUGCACUGGAGUUGAGGGAAGAACUAAAAGUGCUUUCAACAUUGUUGAAACCUGGAAUAGGUCCAAAAGAGACUCUGAAGUUUAUAGGAAGACAUAAUUUUUGCCCUAAUGUUAACAUUGCUCUGAUAAUUCUCCUAACACUCCCAGUGACAGUUACGAGUGGAGAGAGGAGUUUCUCAAAACUGGAACUGAUGAAGACAUACCUCCGAUCAACGAUGAGCCAAACUCGUUUGAAUGAUCUUGCAACAAUAUCGAUUGAGCACGAGCUUGCAGAGGACUUAAAUUACACAGAUCGUGUGAAAGAGUUUGCACAAGCAAAAGCCAGGAAGGUUAGAUUUGUCUAG